AUGGGCAGUCUUACAGAAUCUCAAAUUCUACCUGAUUACUAUAAAAUAUUAGAAAUUUCACCUUCCGCACAACAAGCAGAGAUUAGAAAAUCUUAUAGAAAAUUAGCCUUGAAAUAUCAUCCAGACAAAAAUACAAAUCAAUGUGUUAUUGUGUCAAAUUCUUCUAACAAACGUAAUGCGCUUAACGAACAUUUCAUUUCAAUCAAUGAAGCUUACAAUAUUCUGUCGAACGCAGAAUCCAGAGCUAAUUAUGAUAUUCAACGCCUUACUGGUAACUCAACUUUAAACAGUGGGCCUUCCAGCACAUUGGAAAACAUACAUGGGCUAUUUCGUGAAAUCAUGUCUUGCAAAGAAACUAUUUCGCAGCUUUCUGGUUCAUUUAUGGCUCGUUCAAUUGAUUUAGGUUGGAUUGCAGCUAGCACUGAAGAACAGCUUUUCAGCACUUAUGAGAGGGAAAUAUCUUUAAUAGAAUCAAGUAUUCUUGCUGAACCUGGAGAAUCUUCUACGCCACCUUUUAAUCAACAUGAUGAUGAUCUUUCCGAUAAUUACCUUCCUGAAGAUGAUAUAAUUCAAAUCCUAGAAAAUCCUCAAUGGAUAGUUAUUGAUAAAGAAAUUUUAAAACUUUCUGAUUUUGUUGAAUCACAAAAUUUACUUAUUAAAUCUGUUUCAGAUAUAAUUUCACCAUUAAUGAUGGCUUGCUCUUAUGGCACGUGGACUUAUGAAGACAAAGUGGAAACGUUGAACCGAAUUAAAUCAUUACAGUUAAAGAUUAUACAAUAUUUGGAAAUUAUGAAUCAAAAGAUAGAAACAGAUGUGCAAGCGUUUGAUUCCAUCAUUGAUAAAAUAACAACAGAUAAUAUUCAAGAGCAAAUUGUAAACUUAAGCAAACAUCCUAUCAUGAAUAAAAUAUCCGGCGGUAAAUUCGGACAAUAUGGACAUCAUCCCUUAUGGAAUUUAGCUGCAUUCAUAGGACCACCAUUUGCUGGAUAUUCGCUUUACUGGUCCAUCCUAUACCUUAUUAUUUUAGGUGCGGUAACCGUUCAUUUCAACGACGGAGAUUUAGAAAGUUUUAAACAAUUUCUGGAUCUGUUUGAAAACAUUGUUGCAUUAUUUGAUCAAAUUCAAUCAUGA